AUGGCGUCCACCUCGGUGUUGGUCAACCGGGAGGAGGCAGCCGGGGUGGCUACAGGCACUUACUCGUACUGCAGCCAGCCUCGGGCCGUGCCCAACCGCCAGCGGUACCGGACGACCUUGGAGGCCAAUGAGCUGGAGGAGGAGCCGGUUCGCUAUGCCAAUCUCAUGUACGAGCGGAGAGUGGUUCGUGGCAACACGUAUGCCCUCCACGUGUUACCUUGGUGCAGUGAGCCCGAUCCUCUGGAGUUACAACGGCAGCGUGAAGCUCAUCGGAAGAUGCUGGCAAGGAAGAGAGCCAAGGAGCAGCUGCGGACAAGGACUCCAGAGCCCCUGGAGGGAAGGCGCCACGUCGAUGUGCAGACGGAAUUGUACCUGGAGGAGCUGUCAGACCGCAUCAUCGAGGUGGAUGUGGAGUGUCAAACGGAUGCUUUCCUGGACCGGCCAGCCACGCCACUCUUCAUCCCCGCAAAGACUGGCAGAGACGUGGCCACACAGAUAUGGGAAGGAGAGCUUUUUGACUUUGAUAUCGAAGUCCGGCCCAUGCUGGAAGUCUUGGUGGGCAAAACAAUCGAGCAGGCUCUGCUGGAGGUGAUGGAGGAAGAGGAACUGGCCGAUCUGCGGGCACAUCAGUACGCUUUCCUGGAAAUGCGGGCAGCAGAACUCGCCGAGGUCCAGCGCCUUGAAGAGCAGGAGAGGAGACACCGCGAAGAAAAGGAACGCCGUAAAAAGCAACAGAUGGAAAUCCUGCAGAAGGAGAAAGAAACGGCGGAGAAGAUUGCCGCUCGAGCUUUCGCCCAGCACUACCUCUCCGAUCUCAUCCCGUCCGUCUUCGGCAGCCUCCGGGACAGCGGAUACUUCUACGAUCCGGUGGAAAGAGACAUCGAGACGGGCUUCGUCCCAUGGAUCAUGGAUAAGAUGGAAGACCUGCUGGAGAGAAGGUCCCUCGGCCGAAUCUUUGCUGAUAGCUUAAUCCGCGACGUGGUGCAAAGGAGGCUGCAGGCCUUCGAAGACGGCGCCUGGCCUCCACCCCCGGAAGCUCCCCAGCUGAGUGACCAGGAAGCGGAGGAUGGACCAGAGGCCGCGGCCCCCCUGCAGACCCGGACCUCGGGACCGCUGGGGGUUCCCCACCGGCCUGAAGGCUCAGCCCAGCCAGAUGCUCCGGUCAGUCAGGCGGAAGGUCCUGGAGAAGCCGAAACCUCCAAACAGCGGCAAGCCGCUGGCCAACCGGAAGAUGACCAAGGCCAAGCCAAGCAGCCAGAGAACUUGGGGUCGGAGCCCCAGUGA